AUGGAGGUGCCACCGUCUGUGGAGAUCACCGACGGGCAGCGCCUUGAGACUGAGCAGCUGCAGGACGAGAGCAGUAUGGAUGGAGUACAGCAGACAGGGGAGCAGCAGAUUGGGGAGCAGCAGACAGGGAAGCAGCAGAGUGGGGAGCAGCAAAUAGGGGAGGAGCGGAUUGAGGAGCAGCAGAUGGUGGACCAGCAGCUCGGGGAGCAGCAGACAGGGGAGCCGCAGACAGGGGAGCAAGAGAUGUGGGGAAUUAGAGAUGGUGGUCGUGUGUUGGUUUCUGGGACGACCACUGCACCAGUGCGUCGCUCCACUCGCAUCACUCGUGGUGUCCCACCUCUGUCAGGCGAGCAGAUCCGUGGAUUGUGCCGAGCAGUUCAGUGCCUGGCCAAGGUGGCUCACAGCGAUUACAUCACCUUCCUUGCAGCUCCUGUGGAGGUACGACGUGAACGACUCCUGUGGAUCCUGUGGAGGUACGACGUGAACGACUCCUGUGGAGGCAUCAACACGGCCAAGACGGCCUACCUGGUGGUCAACUUCGCCACGGACUACUUUCAAACCUUCCACCUCUCCCAUCCCACCUGCUCCUGCUCCGCGCUCGUCAAGUCAGUACUGGCGGUGUUCCGCACGGCGCCUGCAGCUAUGCGGACCCUCACCAUCACAGCGGACGGCAAGGAGCCCGACAACAUUCGCUGGAUCAUCGACUGCCAAAACGGCAUGCGCAAGACAUACACCAUCGCAUGUGUGAACGAUAGGGAGGUGCUAUCAGCGUCCAUCGACCCGUCCACGUACCCCUCCUCGCUCGUCGCCCGCCCCAAGGCCCUUCUGCAGCUGCUCAACCACUUUCAAUCCACGCUCUCUGAAAUAACCAUCAUUGCUGCCGACCCUGAGGACGUGACAGGCUCGGGAACAGGCACGGGCGGAGGUGCGGCGGGGAGAGGAGGGGGGAGUGAGGCGAAGGCGGUUGAGAUGAGGAGCUACGUGGAGCCGACUCUUGCUGGUGGGUGUUCAGCGGACGGGAGGCUGGAGGCGUUCCCAGAAGCAGCGAAGCACCCGCAGCUGUGGGUGGGCUCGUCAGCAGACGGACGGCUGGAGGCGUCCCCGGAAGCAGCGAUGCACACGCAGCUGUGGGUGGACCCUGGGGAGCACUUUGAGGCGUACUGCCACAGGGGGGACGCUGUGGACGUCACUUUCAGCGUGAAGGAGGUGAAGGCGUUUGUGCAGUUCUGUGAGUCAGCAGCAGCAGACGUGGUGAUGCUCUUCCAUCGAGCCGGAGCGCCCAGGCCUUUCCACAUCCUCUUUCCUCGCCACCAGGCGUUUGUGCAGUCCUUUCACCUCUAUCCUCCCCCACUCGCCCCUCCCUCCCCGCUGCCAUCACUGGAUUACUGUGUGUCCUGCAGCCCUCUCAUGCUCAUGCCAAGAUUUCCCAACCCGCACACCACCCCCACUCGCAACCCCCGCCAUGCACAUGCACCACUCGCGUCUGACUUUGACUCACGCCUUGUGAUCGCCACAAUGCUCGAAUCCCAGCUCCCCACUCCCCCCCCUUCCGACCCUUCCGUUCACCGAGCCUCCGCCCAACCUGGCACACCUGCCACUCCUGCUCACCAAGCCGCAGCUACUUUCCAAGCAUCUGCCGAAGCUGGCGCUCCUGUUCACAAGGGCUUGGCUUCCCGAACCUCAGCCGAAGCCGGAACUCCUACAGUUGCAGCUUCAGGCUCCCAGCGAUCCUGUCAUGCAGGUUCGGGAGCAGAUCCUCACCAAGCCUAUCCAAUUGGUUCGGGCUGCAGAGAAGAUCCAGGAGGAGGAGGGCUGGGUGAAGGCGAAGAAGAGGGAGCGGAUGAGAUGAGGGGCGAGGAAGGUGCUGAGAAGGUUCCGUUGAAGGAUCCAGGUGCAGGAGCAAGGCUGGAAGCAGGCUGGGCGCAUGGAAAGCGAUGGUCAGACCUCUCAGGGGCGAAAGGCACAGCACACAGGCCUGGUGCGGAUUCAGCAGGUCUGGGUGGAGGAGAGGGGAGUGGCAGAGGGCGAAGAGGAAGCAGCACGUGGCCCAGGGAGCAGCAACAACCACUUCCAGGCCAUGCGCAGCAGGAUCAACGGCAGCAACAGCACGAUCAGUACCAACAAAAGCUGGCAGCCAAUCAGGUUCCAGACAGCGAGGACGCCACCGAGGAGCUUCCCAUUGGUCGGCUGGCAGCGGCAUCACGAGGCGGUAGUGGCGGUGGCGGUGGCGGUGUUGCUGGUGGAUGCAACACUGGGGGUAGUGUGGAUGGGAAUGGCAUGGUGACUGGCGGUGCUGCUGAUGUGUCUGCUGCCCGAUUCAUGCCCACGGAGGCAUCCACCCCUGGGAGGCUAGCAGCACCACAUCAACAAGCACCUCCACUUCAGAGAGAUCCGGAUCGCUGGAUCGAAAAUACAGAGGAUGACGAAAUGGAGGAUAGGGCAGGGGGGUGUGUUCGAGGGCGUUUGGGUGAGGAUAUGUGUGAAGGUAUUGGUGAUGAAGAUGAGUAUGUGGAUGCCACUCCACCUGAGAGGAGGAUGUAUGACGACGAGGAUGAAACCAUGGACUAA